ACUCGGGUCCGGGCGGAGGAGGAGGUGUCGGGAGGCGGCGGCGGAAAAUGGCGCUGACUCAGGGGACCAAGCGGAAAGUCUGCUACUACUACGACGGGGACAUUGGAAACUAUUAUUAUGGUCAAGGUCACCCUAUGAAGCCGCAUAGGAUCAGGAUGACUCAUAACCUUCUUCUGAACUAUGGCCUUUACAGAAAAAUGGAAAUCUAUCGACCCUACAAAGCUAGUGCUGAAGAAAUGACCAAAUACCACAGCGAUGACUACAUCAAAUUUCUGCGGUCGAUUCGCCCAGAUAACAUGUCCGAAUACAGCAAGCAGAUGCAGCGAUUCAACGUUGGAGAAGAUUGCCCUGUGUUUGAUGGCUUGUUCGAGUUUUGUCAGCUUUCUACAGGAGGCUCUGUUGCCAGUGCAGUGAAGCUGAACAAGCAGCAGACGGACAUUGCUGUGAACUGGGCAGGAGGUUUGCACCACGCCAAGAAGUCAGAGGCCUCAGGCUUCUGUUACGUCAAUGACAUCGUUCUGGCCAUCUUGGAGUUGCUAAAGUACCAUCAGAGAGUGUUGUAUGUUGACAUAGACAUUCACCACGGCGAUGGUGUGGAGGAGGCCUUCUACACCACAGACCGCGUCAUGACAGCCUCAUUUCAUAAGUAUGGCGAAUACUUCCCAGGAACAGGGGACCUCCGGGACAUUGGUGCAGGCAAAGGAAAGUAUUAUGCAGUCAAUUACCCUCUCCGGGACGGGAUCGAUGACGAGUCGUAUGAAGCCAUUUUCAAGCCGGUGAUGUCUAAAGUGAUGGAGACGUUCCAGCCUAGUGCUGUUGCACUGCAGUGUGGCUCAGACUCUUUGUCAGGGGACAGGUUGGGUUGUUUUAAUCUGACCAUUAAAGGUCACGCCAAGUGUGUGGAAUUCAUCAAAAGCUUUAACUUGCCCAUGCUGAUGCUUGGAGGGGGUGGCUACACAAUCCGCAACGUGGCCAGGUGCUGGACGUAUGAGACAGCUGUUGCAUUGAACACAGAGAUCCCAAAUGAGCUUCCAUACAAUGAUUACUUUGAAUACUUUGGACCAGACUUCAAGCUCCACAUCAGUCCCUCCAACAUGACUAACCAAAACACCAAUGAAUAUUUGGAGAAGAUUAAGCAACGUCUCUUUGAGAACCUGCGGAUGCUUCCUCAUGCUCCCGGGGUCCAGAUGCAGCCAAUCCCGGAGGAUGCUGUGCCAGAGGACAGUGGAGAUGAAGAUGAAGAAGAUCCCGACAAGCGCAUUUCCAUCCGCUCAUCAGACAAGAGAAUAGCUUGUGACGAGGAAUUCUCAGACUCUGAGGAUGAAGGGGAAGGCGGACGCAAAAACGUUGCCAAUUUCAAGAAGGCUAAACGGGCAAAAACAGAAGAAGAGGAGAAAGAGGAGGAGAAGGAGAAGAAAGGUGUGGUAAAAGAGGAAGAGAAGGCAAAAGAGGACACAGCGGAGCCCAAAGGCAUAAAGGAGGAGACAAAAUCGACCUAAGAAGCUGGCAGCUGGGUCACCCCCUCAGCCCUCAGUGCCCCGGCUUGAUCUUUCUGGUACCUUCUCAUUCCACAAGAUUUGUAUUUUAUACGUUUCUGUAGAUAUUUCUAUAUAAAUAUAUUGGGGACUUGAGACCCAGCUGAACUUCCUUCCUGCCUUUCCCUGGGUGAGCUGCGGGGAGGAUUCUGCUCAGGCCAAAGUCCUGCUUGGCCUCAGAUGCUGUCUGAGAGGUGCACCUCUUCUCACGUUCCUGCUGCUGCCUCAUUGGGGACGUGUGUGUUCUUUCUUUUUUUAAAGUGUCACCCUUUCCCUGGCACUUCCUCUUCUCUUGAAACAAUGACUUCCCCCUAGAGAACUGUAUACUCUGGGGGUUUGGUUUUGUCUUUUUCUUUUCCUUAAAUAGUUUUUUUGAGGUAUGGAUACAGCCAUAAAACUUUGGGAAAGUUGUGGGAGCUUGGUGUUCCGAACAGUCUCACCCCCAGAAGAGUCCCACCCUGUUCCAGGUAACCACAAAUUGAUGCUGCUUCUUGGCAUCCCAAAGCACAAUUGAGGAGUGGACGAUCUCCCUACAGUCAGUUUUGGGGAGAUAAUCCUUAGCGAUGUUCUGAUGAACGCGUGAGGGGGAAGUGUUAGUGGGGGCGCUUGUCCAUGUGAAAUCUCUGAUCUACUUCUCUUCAUAUUCUAGGUAGGAAUGUGCUUUUUCUCCAUAGAGGGGAGCACUGGAGCAAACGCAGAUCUAUUCAGUAUCAGCGCCGCGCAGUGCGAGUUUUGCCUACACAGCUCCCUUUUUAAAUCCUCUCCAGUCCCUUGCAGCCUUUCCCUCAGCAUCAGCUCAAGAGCCCUUAGCUGGUGUGUGCAGCAAAAUGGCCAAUGAGAGACAUCACUUCAGAAGUGCAUCUUUGUAAAAGGCCUGUUAAAUAUUGCUGUUUUGUUUUAUGCUUUUAAAAAAAGGGUUCAAGGAACAGUUUUGACUGCAUGUGCUGGCAAGCAGGGUGGAGUUUUUCAGUGGGGGGACAUGGAGUUGGAGAGGUCGGUCCUGGCGAUGCUGCUAAUUUAGCCAUGUCACUCUUGGGGAGGGGAAAGCUUUUUAUUUUUUUAAGCCUCUGGUUUAGCUGUUUUUUAGUCUCCAUGCGAGUUCCGUGCAGCUCUUCCUGCUCUUUGAUACUUGUAUUGGUGAAAUUUAAAGAUCAUUGUAUUUGUGAGUUUGGGGGGUGAGUAAGGGAAGAUAUAUAUAUUGUUUUUUUAAAAAAAGAUAAGUUUUUAUUUUCAUUUUUUUGGAGAAAGAAAAACAAAAUCUUUGUAAUAAAAUUGCUCCAUUUCUGUGUU